AUGGAUUGCCACAACGAUAGAAGGAAUUGGGGGAAGUAUAGCGGCGUCUGCUAUGAACUAAGUGCAGCAUCCAAGGAGCGCGAUCGUGCUAAACCAAGGAGGCCCAGGAUUGGAAAGGUCUUUGGCUGGACAAUUACAGAUAAAGAGGAAAACACCGACACUGCGGGAACCUUACUGGGAUUCGCGAAGGUUGAUGGCUUAAUCUACGGCGAAGUACUCUCGCAUUACCGAGACAAUGAAAGCAAUCGUAUUGCCAUACGAGAGAUCAAGAAAUGGCUAUGGAAUAACUCCAAAACACACCGUGCGGCAGGCCAAGGAGAUAGCCCUUGGUAA